AUGCCAUCUACUUCGGAAGGACAGUCCUCAGGCGAUCCUGGAGGAUAUGUCUACCGAGAUAGAGAUCCCCCACCUUCUUGGAACGGUUCCACUCCAGAGGUCUCUUUCAAGACCUGGCUUCGAGAUCUUGAGCUGUGGGAGGCCACGACGGAUAUUCCCAAGGAGAAGAGGGCGAUCAAGCUGGUUCAAGCUCUCACAGGGCCAGCAAGGGAGGCGGUGUCGUCUUUGACGCUGGCCGAGCUCCAGCAUGCGGACGGCUACAAGACGGUGAUGAAAGUGCUCAACGACAACUUUAAGCCGUAUGUGGAGACAGCGUUGCCGAGGGCCAUGGAGGGCGUGUUCUAUGGCCAGGCUAGAGGUGCCAAGGAGUCCAUCCCGGAUUACCUGGUGCGCGCGUCGCAUGCCUUGGCGGAGCUCAAAGCCGAGGGCGUGGACCUUCCGGCGAAGGCUGCCGGAUACUUGCUGUUUCGGCAGGCGAACUUGGACAAAGAGCUGGAGUCCCGUGUGGUCACGUGGUUGGCUGGCGACUACACCAAGGAUGUGGUGAUCGCCAACCUAAGGCGACUUGACCGCAUCAACUCGAGCAGCUCCGGGUCCAAGGCGAUGCUCUGGACGGAGACUGAAGAGGGCGAAGGCCAGGAGGUGUACUACGAGAACCACGAGCACUAUGGCGAGCCCGAGUUCUACCUGGAGGCGGAAGACGAAGAAGACGAGAACUACGUGUACCUAGAAGACGGCGAGCUGGACGCGGUGUACGAGGAAGGCGAUGUCAUGGAAGCCUUGGCGUCGUACCAACAUGUUCGGCAGCAGCUCAAAGAACAGCAAAAGGGCCGGCAGUACUACCAGCCGAACCUUGGCAAGAAAGGGGGCAAGAAGCUCUUCAACAAGGACGGCAAGAACACCGGCAAGCAGAGCAGCAAGUCCUUCGGCAAAGGCGGCUCGGCAUGGAAGGGGUCGCCUACGUCACGAAGAGUGCACAUAGAGCAGCUCAAGCUUAGGACUCGAUGCCGGGCUUGCGGAGAAGUCGGGCAUUGGAGCAAGGAGUGUAGGCACCGAGCGGGGCCAUCGCUGACUACCUCUUCGUCAUCGUCGGGCCCGGGAGCAAGCCGAGGGUCCUUCUACUGGGCCGGCCGAACGGAUGGCGGGUCUGGUGGAGCGAACACCUUCUUGUCCUUCGGCCAGUUCCUCAACGACAGGCCGGGCGAGUCGAUGGCGGGCGAGCUCUUCGUGGGAGUGACUACGCAGGGAUGCCACGGCCUGGUGGACACUGCGGCUCAGGAAGGCCUGGUGGGUCGUCCGGCCCUUCUUCGUUUGCUGGACCUUUUGAGGCCCCUAGGCCUAAAAGGCUGCUGGACGGACAAGGCCACCCAGGCACGCGGCAUUGGAGGCGCAGCAAAAACAGUCGGCGUGUGCGAAGUUCCCAUCGGCCUCGGUGGAGUUCCAGGAGUGCUUGAGCUGACAGUCGUAGCCGAAGACGUGCCAUUGCUGUUGCCGGUUAGUCUCUUGAGGGCCUUGGGUUCAGUCAUUGACCUAAGCAAAGACAAGAUCACCUUCAGCAAAGUGAAUGGAGAGUGCAACAUGACGACUCUUCCCUCAGGGCACGCAGCUGUGGAUGUGCUUGACUUUGGUCCUGAAGGUUGGGUGAUGCCUUCCGCGUGUGCAGGGCGUCGUAUGGAGUCCGACUUUCGCACUGGGCAGGUUUUUGGCUCGAGACCAAAGACUACAAGAUCGCCCAAGACUCUCAAGUCCGAGGCCUAUGCUAGCUUCUCGCUCGCCGUCCGAAACUGGCGGGUUUUGUUGGACAAACUCUGCUCGCUGCUGGCCUGGGGAUACUGGCAAACCGUGGUGUCACCGUGGCUCUCUCUUCCCGGGCCAGAGUCGCAGCAGCAGCCCAGCCCUACGGAUACCACUUCGCCAGCGACCUUGACUACGAGUUCGGCUACCAGCAGGGGCCAGAUCUACAAGAACUACCUGGAAGGCGAGAGGCCCGAACAGCUGGCUUCGGUGAAAGGCGUGCCGACUCAAGAGAUUGGCCGCUGUGCUCACCCAGCUCAGCAGCUCAAAGGAGGAGGCAAUGGACACAUGAACUGGUUCCACUGCAACCUGUGCAAGGCUCGAUGGAAACUCAGCCCGAGAACAGCCGGAGCUUUGACCGGCCGACCAGUGGAGACCGUGAACCAGUCGAAGGAGAAGACCCUCAACCUGGCGGAGAACGCUCUGAAACAACAAGAGAAGCGAAUGGCCCAGAAGCACCAGAUGCAGCAGCUGGCGGACGAGCGCGCCAGGAGCGACGAGCUGCAGACUACGCUGGACUUGCGCGAGGGCGAGUACCUGGAGUUCGAGAGGGCGGUGGAGAACGUGACCGCAAUGGAGGCUCACCUGUCCGAGAUGGACCCGACUACCGCGAACCAGGUGCAGGCAAUGGUCUCCGAGUUCAAGAGAGUUCAGCGCUACGAGCAGGAGACCCGACAUCGAGCGAACACGCUGCCCUUGCGAGAAACCAAGAGCGACUGGGAGCAAGCCGUGGCCACGAUGAAGCAAGCGGUGGACAUGGUGAACCAGAAUGUGAACGUAGGCCAGAACAUCAGAUCGUGGGAUGGAACGCGAGUGUUGCAAAGUGCUACGCCUAACAUGGUGCGUCGUUGGAUGGCCAAGCCUCUUCCCUUCCUGGACGACUUUGUGGUGGUCUCCAAGAAUGGUGUCCUGCAGCGAAUGGACCGGCAGGACGUGGAGGGCCUGCACAGCCUGGAAGACGAGGAGGUCUAUGUGGUGGUCAAAGAGCCCGAGCUGUACUUGGAGCACCUGAGCGCCGAGAUGCCGGGACCGUGA